AUGGAGGGGCCGCGGCCAUGGGGGCUGAGGGUAGCCCAGGAUGGCCGCAGCUUCCUAUGAUCAGUUGUUAAAACAAGUUGAGGCAUUAAAGAUGGAGAACUCCAACCUUCGACAGGAGCUAGAGGACAACUCAAAUCACCUAACAAAACUGGAAACUGAGGCAUCUAACAUGAAGGAGGUGCUGAAACAGCUACAAGGAAGUAUUGAAGAUGAGGCAAUGGCAUCUUCUGGACAAAUCGACUUACUAGAACGACUUAAAGAAUUGAACUUGGAAAGUACCAACUUCCCUGGAGUAAAGUUAAGGCCAAAGGUGUCUGUGCGUUCAUAUGGGAGCCGGGAAGGGUCUGUGUCAAGCCGUUCAGGAGAGUGCAGUCCUGUUCCCAUGGGGUCAUUUCCAAGAAGAGGAUUUAUGAAUGGGAGCAGGGAAAGCACUGGAUAUUUAGAAGAGCUGGAAAAAGAGAGAUCUCUUUUGCUUGCGGAACUGGAGAAGGAAGAGAAAGAAAAAGACUGGUAUUAUGCCCAGCUUCAGAACCUUACUAAAAGGAUUGAUAGUCUCCCCCUUACUGAAAAUUUCUCCUUGCAAACAGAUAUGACCAGAAGGCAGCUGGAGUAUGAGGCAAGACAAAUCAGAGCUGCAAUGGAAGAACAACUGGGAACUUGUCAGGACAUGGAGAAACGAGCACAGGUGAGGGUGGCAAGAAUUCAACAAAUAGAGAAGGACAUUCUUCGUAUUCGACAGCUCCUGCAAUCACAAGCAGCUGAAGCAGAGAGAGCACCUCAAAGCAAGCAUGAUGCAGGUUCCCAUGAUACUGAGAGGCAGAGUGAAGGUCAAGGAGCAGCAGAAAUCAGUAUGCCAACUAGCAGUACUGGUCAGGGUUCUGCUGCUCGAAUGGACCAUGAGACAGCCAGUGUUAUGAGCUCUAGUAAUAACUAUUCUGUUCCUCGCAGACUGACAAGUCAUCUGGGUACCAAGGUAACCGAAGAUUACAAACCACAGGUGGAAAUGGUGUACUCACUGUUAUCAAUGCUCGGUACUCAUGAUAAAGAUGACAUGUCAAGAACAUUGCUAGCAAUGUCCAGCUCCCAAGACAGCUGCAUAGCCAUGCGUCAGUCUGGAUGUCUUCCUCUCCUCAUCCAGCUUUUACAUGGCAACGAUAAAGACUCUGUCUUGCUAGGGAACUCUCGUGGUAGUAAAGAGGCCCGUGCCAGAGCCAGCGCAGCACUACAUAACAUCAUUCACUCCCAGCCUGAUGAUAAGCGAGGCAGACGGGAAAUCCGCGUGCUCCAUCUUUUGGAGCAGAUUCGUGCUUACUGUGAAACAUGUUGGGAAUGGCAGGAAGCACAUGAACAAGGCAUGGACCAAGACAAAAACCCAAUGCCUGCUCCAGUUGAUCAUCAGAUCUGUCCUGCUGUGUGUGUUUUGAUGAAACUUUCAUUUGAUGAAGAACAUAGGCAUGCGAUGAAUGAGCUUGGAGGUUUGCAGGCCAUUGCUGAACUGUUGCAAGUGGAUUGUGAAAUGUAUGGACUUACAAAUGACCACUAUAGUGUUACAUUAAGGAGGUAUGCUGGAAUGGCUCUGACAAACUUGACUUUUGGGGAUGUGGCAAACAAGGCUACCUUGUGUUCUAUGAAGGGCUGCAUGAGAGCUCUUGUAGCCCAAUUGAAGUCUGAAAGUGAAGACUUACAGCAGGUCAUUGCAAGUGUGUUGAGGAACUUGUCCUGGCGAGCAGAUGUAAACAGUAAAAAGACACUACGAGAAGUUGGGAGUGUGAAAGCACUGAUGGAAUGUGCUUUAGAAGUUAAGAAGGAAUCGACCCUAAAAAGCGUUUUGAGUGCCUUAUGGAAUUUGUCAGCACAUUGUACUGAGAACAAAGCUGAUAUAUGUGCUGUUGAUGGUGCUCUUGCAUUUCUAGUUGGCACACUCACAUACCGGAGCCAAACAAACACUCUAGCCAUCAUAGAAAGUGGAGGAGGAAUAUUAAGAAAUGUUUCUAGCUUAAUUGCUACUAAUGAGGACCACAGGCAAAUCUUGCGAGAGAACAGCUGCUUACAAACCUUGUUACAACACUUGAAGUCACACAGUUUGACAAUAGUCAGUAAUGCAUGUGGGACCCUGUGGAAUCUUUCUGCACGUAAUGCAAAGGAUCAGGAGGCACUGUGGGACAUGGGAGCAGUCAGCAUGCUCAAAAACCUCAUUCACUCAAAACACAAGAUGAUAGCAAUGGGCAGCGCUGCCGCUCUAAGAAACCUCAUGGCAAACAGGCCAGCAAAGUAUAAGGAUGCUAAUAUUAUGUCUCCAGGAUCAAGCUUACCAUCUCUUCAUGUUAGAAAACAAAAGGCACUGGAAGCAGAACUAGAUGCUCAGCAUUUAUCAGAGACUUUUGACAAUAUUGAUAAUUUAAGCCCAAAAGCAUCUCACCGUAAUAAGCAGAGACAUAAGCAGAACAUAUACAGUGAGUAUGUUUUGGAUUCUAGUCGUCAUGAUGAUGCGAUUUGCAGAUCAGAGAGCUUUAAUACUGGUAAUAUGACUGUACUUUCACCAUAUUUAAAUACGACAGUAUUGCCUGGCUCCUCUUCUUCCAGUAGAGGAAACAUAGAAAAUUGUCGAUCUGAGAAAGACAGAAGUCUUGAUAGGGAUCGAGCAGUAGGUUUAAAUACGUAUCAUCCGGCUACAGAGAACACUGGGAACUCCUCUAAGAGAAUAGGAAUGCAAAUGUCUACUGCUGCAGCCCAAAUUGCCAAAGUUAUGGAAGAAGUAACAAGCAUGCAUAUUCCACAAGACGACAGAAGUUCUAGUUCCACUUCUGAAAUGCACUGUUUGACAGAAGACAGAAAUGCCCAGAGGAGAGCAGCCAGUGCCCUUACUCACUCCAGUACAUACUUUCCUAAAUCUGAGAAUUCAAGCAGGACAUGUCCUGUGCCUUACACAAAAAUGGAAUACAAGAGAGCUUCAAAUGAUAGUUUAAAUAGUGUAAGCAGCAGUGAUGGCUAUGGCAAAAGAGGCCAAAUGAAACCUUCCAUUGAAUCUUAUUCUGAAGAUGAUGAAAGCAAGUUUUGUAGUUAUGGUCAAUAUCCAGCUGACUUGGCACAUAAGAUACAUAGUGCAAAUCAUAUGGAUGACAAUGAUGCAGAGCUAGACACUCCUAUUAACUAUAGUCUUAAGUAUUCAGACGAACAGCUAAAUUCUGGAAGGCAGAGCCCCUCUCAGAAUGAAAGAUGGGCAAGGCCUAAGCAUAUAAUAGACGAUGAAAUGAAACAGAAUGAACAAAGGCAAUCAAGGAGCCAAAGUGCAGCCUACCCGGUAUACACUGAGAGUGGAGAUGAUAAACAUAUGAAAUACCAGUCACCUUUUGGACAGCAAGAUUGUGUUUCUUCAUUUAGAUCAAGAGCAUCUAAUGGUUCAGAUCAGAACAGAGUAGGCUCAACUCUUGGAAUGAAUCAGAAAGUAAACCAGUCCUUGUGCCAGGUUGACGAUUAUGAUGAUGAUAAGCCAACCAACUACAGUGAACGUUACUCUGAGGAGGAACAACAUGAAGAGGAAGACAGACCAACCAAUUAUAGUAUAAAGUACAAUGAAGAGGAACAUCAUGUUGAUCAGCCCAUUGAUUAUAGUCUAAAAUACUCAACAGAAGUUCCUCCCUCUUCUCAGAAGCCAUCUUUUACUUUUUCAAAGACUUCUUCGGUGCAAAGCACUAAAACUGACCGUAUUUCCUCAAGCACUGGGAAUGCAUCAGCCCCCUCAGCUGUUUCAAAGAGACAGAAUCAGCUCCACCCAAGUUCUGCACAGAGCAGAGGAGGUCAUGCUCAAAAGACUGCCUCCUGUAAGACUCCCUCUAUUAAUCAGGAAACUAUACAAACUUACUGUGUGGAAGAUACACCAAUAUGUUUUUCAAGGUGUAGCUCUUUGUCAUCUUUGUCAUCAGCUGAAGAUGAAAUAGGACGUGAUCAAUCCACACGUGUGACAGAUGCUAAUAAUACACUACAGAUAGCAGAACUGAAGGAAAACAGUGGGGCUCUAUCUGCAGAAGCCUCAGUAAGUGAAAUCACAUCAACAUCACAACAUAUCAGAACAAAAUCCAGUAGACUUCCAACUUCUAGUUUAUCUCCUUCUGAUUCCUCUAGACAUAAAGCUGUUGAAUUUUCUUCAGGUGCCAAAUCUCCCUCAAAGAGUGGUGCACAAACCCCUAAAAGCCCACCAGAACAUUAUGUGCAAGAAACUCCUCUCAUGUUCAGCAGAUGUACUUCUGUAAGUUCCCUGGAUAGUUUUGAAAGCCGUUCAAUUGCUAGUUCAGUUCAAAGUGAGCCUUGCAGUGGAAUGGUAAGUGGCAUUAUAAGUCCGAGUGAUCUUCCAGACAGCCCAGGACAAACAAUGCCUCCAAGCAGAAGUAAAACUCCACCUCCUUCUCAAGGUGUUCAGGUAAAAAGAGAUGUAGCUAAAGGUAAAGUACCUAGUGCAGAAAAGAGAGAGCCUGGUCCUAGACAGGCAGCUGUAAAUGCAGCUGUUCAGAGAGUUCAGGUACUGCCAGAUGCUGAUACACUAUUACACUUUGCCACAGAAAGUACACCGGAUGGGUUUUCUUGCUCUUCUAGCCUUAGUGCUCUGAGUCUUGAUGAGCCAUUUAUACAGAAAGAUGUAGAGUUAAGAAUAAUGCCUCCUGUACAUGAAAAUGAGCAUGGAAAUGAAGCAGAACCUGAAGAAUCAGAUGAUGCAAAGGAUAACCAAGAGAAGAAAGCAGAGAAGCCUUCUGAAGCAGAAAAAGACAUUCUGGAUGAUUCUGAUGAUGAUGAUAUUGAAAUACUGGAAGAAUGUAUUAUUUCUGCAAUGCCAACGAAGUCUUCACGUAAAGCCAAAAAGCCUUCUCAAGCAUCUGCUCCAAAAAUACCUCCUCCUGUAGCCAGAAAGCCCAGCCAGCUGCCAGUUUACAAACUUAUGCCUUCACAGAGCAGACUGCAAUCCCAAAAGCAUGUUAGUUUUACACCAGGCGAUGAUAUGCCGCGGGUAUAUUGUGUUGAGGGUACACCAAUAAAUUUUUCAACAGCUACAUCUUUAAGUGAUCUUACAAUAGAAUCACCACCAAAUGAGUUGGCCAAUGUAGAUAGUGUGGGUACAGGGGCAGAAUCAGGAGAAUUUGAAAAGAGAGACACCAUUCCUACAGAAGGCAGGAGUACAGAUGACUCUCAGAGAGCAAAAAGCAUAACCGUGACUGCCCCAGGACUGGAUGAUGACAAAACAGAAGAGGGUGAUAUUCUGGCUGAGUGCAUUAACUCAGCUAUGCCAAAAGGAAAAAGUCACAAACCUUUUAGAGUGAAGAAAAUAAUGGAUCAAAUUCAACAAGCAUCUGCAUCUUUAAGUAACAAAAACCAAACAGAAGGUGAGAAGAAGAAGCCAACAUCACCUGUAAAGCCUGUUCCCCAAAACAAUGAAUACAGAGCACGUGUAAGAAAAAACACAGAGCCUAAAAGCAAUAUUAGUAAUGAAAGAAGCUAUUCAGAGAACAGAGACCCAAAGAAACAGAAUGUUAAAAAUAAUGCGAGAGAUUUUAAUGACAAACUUCCAAAUAAUGAAGAGCGUGUAAGAGGAAGCUUUGCAUUUGAUUCACCUCAUCAUUACACACCUAUUGAGGGAACUCCAUAUUGUUUUUCACGGAAUGAUUCCCUGAGUUCUUUAGACUUUGAUGAUGAUGAUGUUGACCUUUCAAGGGAAAAGGCAGAAUUAAGAAAAGGGAAAGAAGCAAAGGAAAUAGAAGCUAAAGACUGCACUAAUACAGAACAGUCUUCAAAUCAGCAACCAACUAACCGGACACAGGUUUGUCAAAAACACCCAACAAGCAGAAGCCAGCCUAAAACUUUCUGUCAGUCAACUAAAGAUAUUCCAGACAGAGGGGCAGCUACAGAUGAGAAAAUGCAGAAUUUUGCUAUUGAAAACACACCUGUUUGUUUUUCUCGCAAUUCAUCUCUUAGUUCCCUUAGUGAUAUUGAUCAAGAAAACAACAACAACAAAGAAGGAGAACCUGUAAAGCGAACUGAGGCUCCUGAUUCACAGAUGGAAUCAAACAGACCACAGACUUCUGGUUAUGCACCCAAAUCAUUUCAUGUUGAAGAUACACCUGUAUGUUUCUCUAGAAACAGCUCUCUGAGUUCGCUUAGUAUUGACUCAGAAGAUGAUCUUUUGCAGGAAUGCAUUAGUUCUGCCAUGCCUAAAAAGAAAAAACCAUCAAGAAUAAAGAGCGAAAGUGAAAAAAAUAAUUCCAGAAGUAUAGGUGGUAUAUUGGCAGAAGAUUUGACACUGGAUUUGAGAGAGAUACAGAGGCCAGAUUCAGAACAUGGUUUCUCACCUGAUUCAGAGAACUUUGAUUGGAAAGCAAUACAAGAAGGUGCAAACUCUAUAGUUAGUAGUUUGCAUCAAGCUGCAGCUGCUGCAUCACUGUCUAGACAAGCUUCAUCAGACUCUGAUUCUAUCCUUUCAUUAAAAUCUGGUAUUUCCCUUGGGUCACCGUUUCAUCUUACUCCAGACCAAGAGGAAAAACCUUUCACUAGUAAUAAAGGUCCACGAAUUCUUAAGCCAGGAGAGAAAAGUACACUGGAGUCUAAAAAAGCAGAAGCUGAAAAUAAGGGAAUCAAAGGAGGGAAAAAAGUAUAUAAAAGUAUGAUUACAGGGAAAGCUCGCUCCAAUUCAGAAGUUUCAAGCCAGUUAAAGCAACCCCAACAAACAAGCGUGCCUUCAAUUUCACGUGGCAGGACAAUGAUUCAUAUUCCAGGAGUUCGAAAUAGUUCUUCAAGUACUAGUCCUGUUUCCAAAAAAGGUGCCCCACUCAAAAACACAAAUUCCAAGAGUCCCAGUGAAGGCCAAAGUUCAGCUAGUUCUCCAAGAGGCGUCAAGUCAUCAGGAAAACCUGAGCCAGCUCCUGUAACUAGGCAACUUUCGGGGUUGAACCAGGGUGGAUCAAGUAAAGGACCUUCGAGAUCAGGAUCUAGAGACUCCACUCCUUCUAGACCUCAACAGCAGCCAUUAAGCCGGCCUCUGCAAUCUCCAGGCCGAAACUCAAUUUCCCCAGGAAGAAAUGGUAUAAGUCCUCCGAACAAACUGUCUCAGUUGCCAAGGACAUCAUCUCCUAGUACAGCUUCAACUAAAUCUUCAAGUUCAGGUAGGAUGUCAUACACAUCACCAGGAAGGCAGAUGAGCCAGCAAAACCUUACAAAGCAAACUGCCUUACCGAAGAGUACCAGUAGCAUUCCAAGAAGUGAGUCUGCUUCAAAAGGAUUAAACCAAAUUCUCAGUAGUGGUGGAUCAAACAAAAAGACUGACCUAUCCAGAAUGUCAUCCACAAAAUCUAGUGGAAGUGAAUCUGACAGAUCGGAGAGACCUGUCCUUGUUCGCCAGUCAACUUUUAUUAAAGAAGCUCCAAGUCCAACUCUAAGACGGAAAUUGGAAGAGUCUGCUUCGUUUGAAUCUCUGUCUCCUUCCAGGCCAGAUUCUCCCACAAGGUCCCAACUACAGACCCCAGUUCUAAGUCCUUCUCUUCCUGAUAUGUCUUUGUCCUCUCAUUCAACUGCCCAGUCUAGUGGUUGGCGAAAGUUACCCCCUAAUCUGAGCCCUUCUGUAGAAUACGAUGGGAGACCAGCAAAACGUCAUGAUAUAGCUCGUUCUCACUCUGAAAGUCCAUCUAGAUUGCCAGUCAAUAGAUCAGGAACAUGGAAACGUGAACAUAGUAAGCAUUCCUCAUCGCUUCCUCGUGUAAGCACUUGGCGAAGAACUGGAAGUUCUUCCUCAAUUCUGUCAGCUUCUUCAGAAUCCAGUGAGAAGGCAAAAAGUGAAGAUGAAAAGCAGCACGGAAGUUCUUUUUCUGGACACAAGCAAAGUAAAGAAAGCCAAGCACCAGCAAAAGGUACUUGGAGAAAAAUAAAAGAAAAUGAAAUUCCCCAGAUAAUGAAUGAUCCUCAGCAUUCUUCCUCGGGUGCCACAAAUAGCUCUGAUUCCAAAACCCUGAUCUAUCAGAUGGCACCAGCUGUCUCUAAGACAGAGGAUGUGUGGGUGAGGAUUGAGGACUGCCCAAUUAACAAUCCUCGAUCUGGAAGGUCCCCAACUGGAAAUACUCCCCCUGUUAUUGACAGUGUUUCAGAGAAAGGGGGUGUGAAUGGCAAAGAUUCUAAAGAGAUUCAAGAAAAACAAAAUCCAGGGAAUGGAAGUGUUCCUGUUCGUACCAUUGGUUUAGAAAACCGUCUGAACUCUUUCUUUCAGAUAGACAGUCCAGACAAGAAGGGCACUGAAUCAAAACCUCUGCAGACUAAUCCUGCUCCUGCACCAGAAAAUAAUGAAAGUACUGUGAGUGAGCGUACACCAUUCAGUUCCAGUAGUUCAAGCAAACACAGCUCCCCCAUCGGUGCUGUUGCCGCAAGAGUUACUCCUUUCAACUACAAUCCGAGCCGUAGGAAGAGUAGUGUGGACAAUAGUUCUGCUCGGCCGUCGCAGAUACCGACACCAGUAAACAACAGCACAAAGAAACGUGACUCGAAAUCCGAAAAUACAGACUCCAGUGGAACUCAGAGUCCUAAGCGUCACUCUGGCUCUUACCUGGUGACUUCUGUUUAAAUACAUCAAAAAAUAAAACUGAUGUAUUACAUAUAGCAGCUACUUAGAACUUUUGUUUCUAAUGAAACUUAAGAAAAAUGGGGAUUGCUUUUUUGUUGUUUUUAUUUUUUGUAAAUAGGUUUGAUUCUUGUUAGAGAGUCCUUGUUCUGGAAGCCAUAUUUGAUAGUAUACUUUGUCUUCACUGGUAAUAUUUUGGAGGAAUAUCUGAUUGACAGUUUGAAAUAAAAUUGCUAAUGCAAGUAUAUUUGUACAGUAUGUUUAACAUGUAUUUAAUUAGCUUCCCAUCCCAUAAUCUUUAAAUAUUGCUUGUCUUGAAAUCAUGGAACAUUGCAGGUAGAAAUGAUACAGUAUACUGCUCUACCAAUCAUUUCUAGAUUGCAGACUGACUAAACUACAUCAGGGAAGAAUUGGUAUUAUUUAUGCAAAAAAGUAUACUCAGUUUUAGUACUUGUGAGUCCAUCUAAACCAAUAAUUAAUCAUGUGGCUGUGAAAUUCACAGUAAUAUGGUUUCUGCUGAACAAGCAUUCCCAGCCUGCUUUUCUGCAUGAAUGGAACUGAUGGUUAUUUUCUAAAGUAAUGAUAACAUUUCUGUGGUCACAUAAUGUGCAUAGAUAGUUAUGGUGUAACAAUUUACACUUCCUUUGUGCUCUGAAAAAAAAUAAAAAUAAAAAAUAAUAAAAAAAAGUGUAACUGUAAAACCUUGAACAAAAAUAUUUUACCUGAUCUAGAUUUUAUCUUAAAGUAGGUAGAAUUUUUUUGCUAUGCUGUAACUUGUUGUAUAUUCUGGUAUUUGAGGUGAGAUGGCUGCUCUUUUAUUAAUGAGAAUAAGGGGAUGUUUCAACAGAGACUAAAAUGAACAUUUCAGAAUAAAUUAUUACUAUAUGUAAAUUGUGUGUGUUACUUCUGCAUUACAUAAAAAUACAGUACUUUAUUUUGAGAUGUCACCUUAUAAUAUGUUGUAUAAUGCACUUACAUUUAUGGCCUGAUCCAGCAAAACCUUGUACCUCCAGUAUUUGUUCUUCUUUAUCACUGACAAAUAGCUGUUGCAGGAUGCUUAACAGUUGCAGGAUCAGGCCCUAGGUCUUCUGUAAUAUAAUUAUAGUUGAGACAGUUUCACCCAUCUCAGGUGCAUAACAAGGCUAAAGGCAGGGUAUUUCCAGAAGCCAAACAGGAUAAUUGUUUUCAUCACUGCGAGCCUGAAAUAAUAUUGUAUGUAUAAGAAUAAUAUUUAUAGAGCAAUUUUUUAAAAAAAUUGGGGAUAUAAUGUAGAAUGUGAAAUAGUGACUAUAAGAUGAAAUUUUAAUUCUAUUUGAAAUCUUCAUGCAUUUUUAUUUGUUUAAAAAAAAAAAUACAAAGGGAAACAAAGCAAGAAUCCCAUGACAAGAAAUUUGCUGUUGUAGGGGAAAAACAAUUUUGAACACAAACCGGGACAUUUUCUGCCUCAAGCCUUUUUGAUGCAAAUAUGGUUUGUGCUAGAACAAUGCUGAAAAAACAGAUUUGUGCUUUAAAUAUAUAUAUAUAUAUAGUUUGAAUUUAGGUAAGAAUUGGUUUAAAGUAGAAACACAGGAUAACAAAACAUUAACCAUUCUGUGCAUGACUGAACAAACCAUGAAAUGGUAUGUCAGUUUUGUUGUAUCUCAGCUGGACUAUUCUGAAGUUAGCAUUCUAAAUAAUUCAUAUUCAGGAUUCAAGAUGCCCUGAUUUCAGGAAGCCCUGAAAUAGAGAAGUUUACCUUUAUGGUAGCUUUAACACAGUUGCAGAGUACAUCGUAUCUGUGGCUUUGUACUUAUCCAAUAUUGAAAUGAAUCAGUUUUGUCUAAAAUUUAUCGUAAGACUUGCAUUGUUUAUGAACAGAGUUAAGAUACUAUCAGCAGACAGCAGUCAAAUAUGAUUAAAUUUAAAGCCAAAACCAAAAGUACCUUUUUGGAAUACGUGGCAUCUUAUUUGAUAUUUUGUUCUUUGCCUCUUGACAAAUUUGCUUAAAGACGUCCUUUAUUUCUAUACCGCUUGGUGCAUCUGUUAACAAACAGUGCUUCUCCUAUUAGCAUUGGUAAUAUUUUGCAUAUAGUAUCUUCAUGAGACUUUUAGUAUUACUGUUCUUUAAAGACGAAAUAGAGACAAAGAUUAUGUGGUUUGUUUGAAGCCAGGAUGUGCUGUUGGAGUAGAAUGCAGAACUCCAUCCUUGUGUUUAAAAUGGAAGACCAUAAACAAUGUAAUACUUCUUUGUGCUGGGCUUUUAAACUACUAAUAUGAAGGUAUACCAUGUAAUCCAGGAUGGUCAGUUAGCACCAGCUUUACAUCUACGUCCUCUUGAUCUAAGAAUUUAAAGGUAAACUCAAUCCCUAUAUAGAAAUUCUGAUUUCAGCUUUAUAACUGAGGUAAUCAAAAGAACAUGAGGUGAAACUACGAAUAAUGGUAUGCAUAUCAAACACCAGAAUGUCUUUGAAAAUUGUAGUGGCUUCUUUAGAUAGUCUUGGAGGUACUUCAUGAUCAUUAUAAUUGGGAAGUUUCUCUUAAUACCCUCAUAAGCAAGCCUGUAUUUGUAGCAAAGACAGAUGAGAUAAACUUUCCAACUAUAAGGGUAGUGAAACACUGAAAUAUGCUUCCCAUGGGAGUUGUUAAAUUUCCAUUAUAGAAGUUCUAAGAAGAGGUUUAGGAAACAUCUCAUAGGGAUGGACUUUAGUAUAUUUCAUAUUGCCUGUGUGCAGAGAUGGGCUUAGGUGAUCCUUUGAAAUCCGUGCCAGACCUACAUGUCUCUAAUUCCUUAUCUAAAAUGCUUAAUAACCGUUAAGAGCCUUUUAGAAUAUUUAAGGACAUCCAGGAUGUUUGAUUCGUGUUAGUGAUUAGGAUACAAAGUUGGAUUCUAAGCGUAACUAUAGAAACAGAUCCCAGAAAUAUAAAAACAGGAAAAUGGGAAAUAGUUAUAAUAAGUAUAUUUGAUCUUGGAUUUUCUUAGUGAUGUCUAGAUUAGUGGUUGCCAGAUUUGGUUUUCGCUGCCAAAGAUUUAUUCCUUGGUUUUACUUAAAUAAAGUUGCUGCAGCAGGCAACAGGACCUUAUUUAUGCUGAGGCAAAACAAGGGAAAGUAAGGAGCUGAGGAAGCCAAGGCUCCUUUUCCUGUUUUUGGGGAUACACUGCCUGCCUUUCUACAGAUUUUGGUAUAACUUUUGUGAUUUGUAUGCAGAUCUGCAAUUGUCUUUGCAUUAGUUUACUAAACGAAGUUUUGUUCUCUUUAUGUGAGCUGUGGAAACAUGACCUCCCUGCAUAUUUUUACUAUUCAAUACCUAUGUUCAUUCUAGCUCCUUGCAGUUAAGGUUGUUGCUAAAUUUCUGUGAAAGCUCUUCUGGCUAACUGUUGCAAACUUUAAAAGGGAACUAAUCUAGUUAUAUUUUUCAUGUGCAGUUCUCCAUCAGAAUAUUUUCCCUUGAAACCUUAAUUCUUAAAACUCCUUGUCAGAGCUGCCAGCUUGAAAAUUGCAAGUCAACAGCCUUGCCAGGAUUUCCUGGCAAGAUUGGAAUAUUGUUUGUAGCAGGACUUGGCUUCAAACUUGAGACUGCAAGCAGCAGCACUCAUCUGACCCUUCAGUGGACUGGUACAGCUUGUAUUUGGUAGAACUGGUUGAGGGAGUAGUAGGAUUUGUGCUGCUUUAGUAUGCUGAUUUUGCUCCAUGCAGGGUCAGGUAAGUGCAGCAUAAGCCAGCAGAAGAGAAAAGCAGCUAGUGCUGGUGGAAAGAGGUUGGAUCAAGCCAUUACUUGCACUUUUAACCCAAUUUGCCAAGUUCCAGAACUGUUCUUCGCCCUUUUUGAGACAGCAAAAGCAAAUUGAAGUUUUGGCCCCUAACUUGUUCACUCUAAACUUCUGCCUAAUGGCCUUCUAGCACUUUGCAUUUACAUAUAUUGUGUUCCAGGUAAGUCCAUCAUCCUGGAAAUUCUAACAACUAACAAGAAGUAUUACAUUAGUCUAUAGUUUGUGUUUCUAGAAAAGAAAUUGUUCUUCAAAAUAUCCAAAAAAAAAAAAAAAUCUACCGUAUGUGAAGUUGUAUGCAACAAUUUUAAAAUUUGCAAUGUUAAAUACAUUAAAUCCUUCAAAAUUAAAAUGACUUACUGCAAUUAGUUGAUUUCUGGAAGAGGCUUGAAGGGUGAGAGAACAUAUCCCUUCCCUGAUGAAGACAGUACUACUUGUAGGUAUGAUCUGGAAAAUGUUUAGGUAGACAAGCUCUUGCAGUCUUUUGUUAGUAAAUGCCUCCCAAAAGUCUUUUCAGACCUCCCAUUAAAUAGUAAGAACAGCCUAAAUAUCUCUAACAAUCCUACCUAGACUUCCACCGAAAUAGAACUUAACAAUAUUGUAAUGCCUUGCAAAGUCUCCUCCACCUGUCUGACAGCUUUGUUCUCGAUGAGAUGUGUGAUUUGGAUGAAGCUGUGAAUCAAAAGUGAAGUGUCAGUUAAUGUGAAGCAUGACCUCCUCCACGCGCUUAAAGCUCUGAGGACUUUCUUAAUACCAUAUCACCCAAAUGUGUUCACUCUCUGCUACCACAGCCAUCUCCUUUGCACUUUUAAGCAUAACCAGAAGAGAUAUCCCCAGUUCUUUAUUUUCAAAUCACAUAUAGAAAUGGCAUUCCUGCUUCAUAGUUUACUAUAUGCAGAAUAACAGAUUGUAUCUGUAAGCGUAUCUUAGAGAAUGUUAAUGUAGUUGAGGUUGAGUUUUUAGUCUGAAUGGUAAGGUAGAUGGUUAUGUGUUGUAUUUGGUUACAUAUUGGAAGUGCAAGGGAAUUUGGUGUGGUGCUGAAGAGCUUAAGAGUUCACAACAGUAACGUAGGUGUCAAUGAAUUUGUGAUGCCCAGAUGAUUAUCAAGUAUGUGUUUAAUGCCUAGGUUUUCUGCUGUCAAUUUUCAGUUUUCCAGACGUGCUCUUUAUUUACUCUUAAGACUGGGUAAUGCCUCCUUAGCAUAGUUUUGCAAGUAAUCUACUCCUUGUGAAAUUUCCUCGUAGCUGCUGGUUUACAGAUAAAUAAUAAUUUCUGCCACUUCCAAUAUCUGAGAUUCUUCUAAUUUUGAUGUUGGUGAAAGUAUUCUUUUCUUGAGUGGACAUGGAAUUGCAAUUAGGAUUUCAUGAAGGUGUAGGGGGAGCUUGUUCACUCACUGAAACGUGCUACAGUUCAGAGUUGUAAGCUCAAGAGAUAUAUACAAAUUCAGUAUCUCCUGUGCCCUACUUCCUAGUGGGAUUUAAGAUGCAUAUAGCUUGUGCUGGUUCUCUGCAAGUAAGUUAAGUUGUCAUCCUCUGAGAUCAGAUACAUUUUCCCACCUAUGAAUGUUGUUUCUCUUUAACAAACUCAGCCCACAAUUCUUUCCUUCAGUUUUGUUGCUUGCUUCUGCCUGAGAUGCGUUACUGUUUUUAUCCUAACUCUGUAAUUCUUUCUUCAACUAUUCUAAUGUACUUUGCUUCACAGUAUACUAAUUCUGAAUUUAGUCUUGCUAUGCAUAACUUAUUACUUGCAGUGUUAUAUAAAAUUUCCUCCUGAUUGCA